CAAAGUCAAGGAGCGAAACUUACUACCCACAGAAGGUAAAGUCCGGCUUGGAGUGUUCCAGCACGUCAUACACUGGUUAAGGUUUAUAAAGCCCUUCAGAGGAAGCAAUCCAGAAAAGUGACUGGAGUCUCAAGAAACAAAUUCAAAAUGCAGAAGCCCACCUCUACAGAUCCAGAAGACUUGACAUUCGGGAACUCUAACAGCACUCUCACUCGGAAGCACAGUUGGAGCUCAUUACUGCUCACCAUUUCUGUUAUUCUCCAGUGGCUUGCCAUAGCAGCCAUGUGCUGCCUCAUCUUUUUCUACAUGGAUGUGCUAAAGGAGGACAUAAAUGUUGGGCUGCGUGGAAAGAUGGAGAAUAUCACCUCUAACAAUUUUCAGACCAUUGGAAGUGAUACAUUCAAGAGCUCAGUUGUGAAAUCAGAGAAGCCAAUUGCUCAUUUUACUGCACUUGCAGAUUUCCAGAAUACUUCAGGCCGUCUGUUUUUUGAACACACGAAAGGACACGCUUUCAAAACCGCGGACAUGAAGUACAAUGCAGCUGGUUACUUGGUGAUUCCCACCAAUGGUAUCUACUUUAUUUAUGCACAGGUGACCUUUAAGUGUUUACAGGACUGCUCCAAGCUCAUUCAGCAAUUCUUUGUCUCCAUUUUCAAGAAGAACAACCAUUACCAGGAUCCAGAAGUGUUGCUGAAAAGCUAUGUCAGGCCUCAAGCCAAGGGUGAUGACUUCCUGAAGAUUUCAACCUAUCAGGGUGGGGCCUUCAAACUGUAUGCUGAUGACCAUAUGUAUGUCGAAGUUCCCAAAAACAGCCGCAUUUCAGUGCAUGAACAAGAAACUUACUUUGGGGCUUUCUUGCUCGAGCCUUCUGCCUCAGAAUAAGCAAACUGCCAAUUAAGCUAUGUUACUAGGAAGCAUAUUUAUGCAUUUACACAUACACUUAUAUGUUUCUUUCAAGUGCAAUCUGUCUGGUUCAACAGACUGUUCCAAUUGUUUAUUUACAGGACAUUUAUGCUACAAUAGCACAAUAUUUGUUUUUGAGUUACACUCCCAUGAGUGAUUUAUCAUUUCAUUUUGUAAAUUGUAAGGCCAGCUUUGUGUCUUAUAUUGGUUUAGUUCUCACAUAAUAAACAUGAUCUCCACACUGUACAUUUGUCCUCAUCUCUCAAAUUGUUCUAUUCUUAUAAUGGAAAA